UUAUAAGCUCGGCGGCCGCCCCCGAAAUAGCCGGCCCCGUUCGUCUUCGCCGCGAGGCCGAGGAGGGGGCUUCGCCGGCCGCUUUCGCUCCCCUCCCGCGCUGCGGACGCUCGGGGAGGUGGAUGAACGUGAAAUCCUCGUCUGCUUUCCGGUCGGAGCACAGCUUCCACCACCACAGCCGGUCGUCGUCGCCCGCUCGCCCCAUGGAGCUUUUCGGGAGCUUCGUCCGGCCCCGUGGCGAGCCGCUGGGCUUCCCAGCUCGGCCCGGCAGCAGCGGCAACAUUAAGACCCUGGGCAACACCUACCAGUUCACGGUGGACGUCAGCGACUUCGCCCCCGAGGACAUCAUCGUCACCACCUCCAACAACCAGAUCGAGGUGCACGCCGAGAAGCUGGCCGGGGACGGCACCGUCAUGAACACCUUCACCCACAAGUGCCAGCUGCCCGAGGACGUGGACCCCACGUCGGUGUCCUCCUCUCUGGGGGACGACGGCACGCUGACCAUCCGGGCACGGCGGCAGCCCGCCAAGCACACCGAGCACGUCCAGCAAACCUUCCGGACUGAGAUCAAAAUCUGAGCGGCCGGGCACAGCGCCGGGGACGGGCUUUUCCCCCCCUCCCAACCCCGUAGGCGACGUGUGGGUAGCGUUUGGGUGACACCGGUGUUCAUUUAGCUGCGUGGGCGCGGGGGAGCCCACCGAGCUGGCCGUGACCCCGCUGGGUUGGCAAGGAGGGGACGGGAACGCUCCCCGCGGGCUGCCUUAGAGGCACGAGGGGUGAAACCCGCAUGGGGGGCACACAUCCUUCGCUUGCCACCCCCCCGGGAGGCUGCAGGCUCUGGACACCGUUAUUUUUUGGCUGGCGUGGGUGGAUCGGGAAGAGCUGGACGUCCUGCAGCAGUCACCAAGGAGCCUCCAGGGGAGGUUUUGCCCUGGGACGGACGUGAGGAGUGAGGCCGGGGAGCGAGCCCUGCCCCGACCCUUCGCCAGAGCUUCUCUUUGUAUAUACAGCUUGUACUGGGUUGUGAUAAAUUAUUGACAACUACUG